AGUUCCGGUCCCGGCGCGGUCAAGGGGACCCGGGCCUGCAGGCCUCCGCCUCGAGUGCCGGCCGCACCCCCGCCGCCCGCCCCCGAUCCCUGCGGUGACUGGAGGAAGGCUGCCUAGAACUUGCAGCCCCUGCACUCCUCAGAAAUACCCAUUUCCACUGUGAAUCACUGCACAGCUGAGAGGGGCUGGAGCAUUAAAUAGCCCGUUUUAAGGUCUCAGAAACACAAGGAAGCUCUUCAUCCUGCUUGGAUUCUGCCUUUACCCUUGGGAGUGUCCUCUAACACAUCCGCACCACCAUCCAGACCCAAGAAACCAAGGCCAGAACACAGGUCAAGAUGGGGUUUAUUUUCUCAAAAUCUAUGAAUGAAAACAUGAAAAACCAACAGGAGUUUAUGCUUAUGAAUGCUCGACUCCAGAUGGAAAGGCAACUAAUGAUGCAGAACGAAAUGAGAGAAAGACAAAUGGCCAUGCAGAUUGCUUGGUCUCGGGAAUUCCUCAAAUAUUUUGGAACUUUUUUUGGCAUUGCAGCCAUCUCUUUAACAGCUGGGGCAAUAAGAAAGAAGAAGCCAGCCUUCCUCUUCCCUAUUAUUCCAUUAAGCUUUAUCUUCACCUACCAGUAUGACUUAGGAUAUGGAACCCUUCUACAAAGAAUGAAAGGUGAAGCUGAGAACAUACUGGAAACAGAAAAGAGUAAGUUGCAGCUGCCAAGAGGCAUGAUCACUUUUGAAAGCCUUGAAAAAGCCAGAAGGGAACAGAGUAAAUUCUUCAUAGACAAAUGAAAUCAUGUUUACCCACCAAAUCUCAAAACACAUAAUUGUUGACUUGAAUCAUGGUUUUUACAACUUUUUAGAUGCUUGACAUUUUGACAUAAUGGAUUUUAUUUUAAAAUAUUAAAAUGCAAGAGGAGUUUUGUUAAACUAUUUUAAAAUAAAAUUUUUAACAUUCAAUACAAAAUCAUGGAGGUACUCUAAGCAACUUUCAUAUUUCCUAUAUAUGGUGUAUAUUACAAAUAUCUAAAUGUAUAAUUAAUAAAUUAUAUUGUUUUGAUUCCUGGAA